CUCCAUUAAUAAAAGGAAAGAAAAAUAAAAUAAAAUAUAAAAACGCUUUUGUUUUCCUUUUUAUUUUUAAAUCUUUGUUCGUUUUCGCCGUCGUCAUGGGCGACAUACUCAUGGAGGCGCUCAACGUGCGGGUGGUCGGAUCCGGCGAGCGGUUCCUGGUGCUGGCGCACGGCUUCGGCACCGAUCAGUCGGCGUGGCAGCGCAUCCUCCCCUUCUUCACCCCGCACUACCGCGUCAUCCUCUACGACCUCGUCUGCGCCGGCAGCGUCAACCCCGACUACUUCGACUUCCGCCGCUACACCUCCCUCGACGCCUACGUCGACGACCUCCUCAACAUCCUCGACGCCCUCUCCGUCGACCGCUGCGCCUUCGUCGGCCACUCCUUCUCCGCCAUGGUCGGCAUCCUCGCGUCCAUCCGCCGCCCCGAACUCUUCACCAAACUCAUCCUCAUCGGGGCAUCCCCGAGGUUCUUGAAUGACGGGGACUACCACGGAGGGUUCGAGCAAGGGGAGAUCGAGACGGUGUUCUCGGCGAUGGAGGCGAACUACGAGGCGUGGGUGAACGGCUUCGCACCUCUGGCGGUCGGGGCGGACGUCCCAGCGGCGGUGCGGGAGUUCAGCCGCACGCUCUUCAACAUGAGGCCCGACAUCUCGCUGUUCGCGUGUCGCACCGUGUUCAACAGCGACCUGCGGGGGGUGCUGGGCCUCGUCCGCGUCCCCUGCUGCAUCGUCCAGACGGCGAAGGACGUCUCGGUGCCCGCGUCGGUGGCGACGUACCUCAAGAACCACCUCGGAGGGAGGAACACGGUGGAGAUGCUCAACAUCGAGGGGCACUUGCCGCACCUCUCCGCUCCGGCGCUGCUGGCGCAGGCCCUCCGGCGAGCCCUCCGGUGACCCAACAAACGAUCGCAGACUAUCAUUAUUUUGACUCUUUUUUUUUUUUUUUGUGUGUGUUUUCUCGAGUUAAUGCCGUUUUCGUGGGGCCCAUGGAUAAGUUCAGAAGAAGAAAAAAAUAAGGAGGGUCUGGAGACGUUGACACCUGGCGAAUAACUUGUGGACGCUGAUAUAGAGAAAGGAUAAGUCUACGCACGUGGCCAUCACGUGACGACGCGACCUUUCUGUCCCUUCUCUCGUCCUUUUCCUUUUUUUUUUCUUUUUCUUUUUUUGGGGAUAUUAAA